GCUCGUCACUCUCUCUCUCUCUGCAAUAAAAUCGCUCCGCGUGGACGCACACUGCUUACGUGGUACUGUUUUAGUCGGAGGCAACACAGUUGACUGCAGGUUAGUCUUCCUCCCAUCGAACAGGCAAUCCAAAUCCUCCUCUGUGGCUCUCAAUUAAAUAACAAUGGCUUCUGCGCUCUCCCUCUCUCCCCUCCCUUAUCUCUUCUUACUGUUCAUCGCCUUGUCCUCUCCCACCUCUGCCUCAGCUUCCGCCGGAAGAAUUUUUAAUGCUUCGGCUGCGCAGAAAGUCUCACUGGGUUUGUACUACGAAUCUCUCUGCCCCUACAGCGCCAAUUUCAUAGUCAACUAUAUCGCCAAGAUCUUCCAAAAUGGUCUCUUCUCCAUCAUCGAUCUCAACCUCGUUCCCUUCGGCAAUGCCAAGAUUGGACCCAGCUCCACCAUCGAUUGCCAGCAUGGUCCGUCUGAAUGCUUACUAAACACUGUGGAAGCCUGCGCAAUCAACAUCUGGCCUGAUCUGAAUGAGCAUUUUACUUUCAUUUAUUGUAUUGAGAGUCUUGUCCUUGAAUACAAUUAUCCUCAGUGGAUCAAAUGUUUUGAGAAAUUGGGAAUGGAUCCAAAGCCAAUUGCUGAUUGCUAUAAUAGUGGAUAUGGGAAAGAGCUUGAACUACGAUAUGCAGCUGAAACAAACACCCUUCAACCUCCUCAUGAAUAUGUGCCCUGGGUAGUUGUCAAUGGUCGACCACUUUAUCAGGAUUAUGAGAACUUUGUAAGAUAUGUAUGUGAGGCAUAUAACGGCACGACUUUGCCCGAGGCUUGUAGUGAUUCGUAUCUUAAUGCGAUGGCAAAGGAGAAAGAAGCAAGUGCUGCACUCAAAGUUAGCUACAAGGAAGAGAAGCCAAGGUCAGCUUUAAAAACUAAAAUGUUACCCUCCAUAAUGCGGCAAAUGCACAUGCUUUUUUCAUUGUAGACACCCUCUUUGUGUUGAAUUUGAUCUUUGGCCAUGCCCAUUCACAUAUAUUUCCUUUGUUAGUCCACAGUUUGAAGUGUAGUUCAACCAAAUUUCUGCAGCAGUUUGUAUAUAUAACUAAACUCUGAUUUGAUUGGUUAAUGCAUUCCACAUCCUGCGUUUAGUGAGGUAA